AUGAUGACGUUGCGGACUUAUGAUCGCAUCUGGCCAACAAACAAGCCUAAAGUUUACAACUACGAUCCGGGGUUUAGUGACUACCAACACAACCCAAUCCAGAUACUAAUCAUCGUCACUAAAAGCGGUUGUAGCGACCUUCUGGGUUGUAACUGGUUCGACCCACUAGGCAUCAGUAUCAAGGGCAUACAUUCAGUGGGCAGUGACGUACAGAUCGCAGGCAUUCUGAAUAAGUUCGAACACUUAUUCUCAACAGAACUUGGUUGUUACACUGGUCCGCCAGUCAUAUUAAACAUUGAUGCUACAGUGCCACCAGUGCGACUACCUCCACGCCGAAUUCCAUAUGCUCUAAAGGGACUAGUCGAAGAGGAGCUGGAUCGCCAAUGCAAGCAAGGGAUUCUUAAACCUGUGGAGUAUUCAGAUUGGGCCACUCCUAUUGUACCAGUUAUCAAGAAGGACGGUUCAAUUCGUAUUUGCGGCGACUAUAAAUCAACUUUAAACAAAGCGGUUAAGCCGCACUGCCAUCAAAUACCGGCGAUCAACACUUUGCUGGCAUCUAUGGAAGGUGGAUCGAUUUUUGCCAAAAUUGAUCUGGCUCAAGCUUAUCAGCAGUUAGUAGUCGACGAAAACUCGUCUUUGCUGCAAACAAUCAGUACACAUAAGGGUGCAUUCAAAGUUACUCGAUUGCAAUUCGGCAUUUCAUCAGCACCAGGCAUUUUUCAAAGCUGUAUUGAGAAUGUGGUACAGAAUAUUUCCGGAGUCUUACCAUAUUUUGAUGACAUUGUAAUAAUUGGAAAAACGGAAACGGAGUUGGCAACUAGAUUACAGGAACUGUUUAUACGUUUUGACAAAGCCGGACUGCGACUACGCAAGGACAAAUGCCAAUUCGGAGUACCAUUCGUUGAGUUUUUAGGUUUCAAAAUUGACUCAACUGGUAUAAGACCAUGUGCCGAUAAAGUCUCGGCAAUCAAAGACGCACCAGCACCUAAGGAUAAAAAGCAGUUGCAGGCUUUCUUAGGACUACUAAAUUUUUAUCACUCAUUUUUGCCACAUAAAGCAACAGUGGCAGAACCCUUACAUCGUCUUUUGGAUAAAAAUGCAACUUGGAGGUGGUACAAACAGUGUGAGAAGGCUUUUUCUACACUUAAGGAACUUAUUGGGUCAGACGACGUACUAGUGCAUUAUGAUGGUUCAUUGCCACUAGUGCUAGCUUGUGAUGCGUCACCAUAUGGACUCGGUGCAGUUUUAAGUCACAAAAUGCCGAAUGGAGCGGAGAAACCCAUCGCUUUUUACUCCCGUACCUUAUCCAAAGCUGAGCGAAAUUAUGCUCAGAUUGAUCGAGAAGCUAUUGCUUUGGUAGCAGGAGUAAAGAAGUUCCACAACUACGUCUACGGUCGUACUUUCACACUAAUCACCGAUCAUCGACCUCUGUUGGGUAUUUUUACCACAUCGAAAGCAAUCCCAAACAUUAUUUCAAAUCAGAUGCUACGUCGAUCUUUGUUCCUGUCAGCAUAUACUUUCGAGCUAGUACACCGCUCCGGAUUAAAAAUGGGCAAUGCGGAUUUUCUAAGUCGUUGUCCACUGUCAGCAGCAUCGGACGCUGUUAGCACCGACGAUGUGCUAAUGAUCGAAUUAGCAGCAACGCCAAUCAUAAGUGCUGAGGCGAUGGCCGCUCAAACAUCGAAGGACCCCUUAUUGGCGAAAGUAUCAAACUGGGUGUUAAGGGGAUGGCCUGACAUGAAAUUGGAGCAAUCAGAUAUUGCAUAUCCAUACUAUUGCCGUCGGGAACAGCUCUCUACAAAUAAAGGAGUUUUGAUUUGGGGAAAUCGCGCCGUAGUUCCACCGAAAUCCAGAGCAACAAUUUUAGCUGCUCUACAUGCCGCUCAUCCAGGCAUUGUAAAAAUGAAGGCGUUAGCGCGUAGCUAUGUUUGGUGGCCAAACAUUGACGCUGAGAUUGAGCUUAUUGUUAAGAAAUGUAUUCCAUGCCAGCAGAAUCGUAACGAUCAUUCAGAGGCACCGGUGCAUCAUUGGGAGUCAGCCAAGCGGCCGUGGUCCCGUCUACACAUCGAUUUUGCAGGACCUUUUCAAGGAAAAACCUUUCUUCUGGUCGUGGAUUCUUACUCAAAAUGGCUAGAGGUUGCGGUUGUUAGCUCCACUUCUACAGCGGCUACAAUUAAAGUUCUCAGGCAACUGUUUGCUACGCAUGGGUUACCAGAUCAGCACCAUCAGCAACUGAUGACAACACGGAAGAUCCUGCUUCCAGUAACCACUCUAGGCCAGAGAGUCCUAUUCAAGAUGAUCCACAGUCAUUGCAUGCCUCACCGAUGCUACGACGUUCUGCUCGCAUGA